UUUAAAAAUCAAACCGGAAAAUGAAACGGAAAUGGACGUAAUAUAAACAAAGCAAUGAAUAUCGACCCUUAUGACUAAAACAAUGAUUUACAAUACUGUCUAAUUUAACAACUUUAUAACAGAUUUAAUUAAAAUAACAUUUAUAAUUCGCCUUGACUGGAUAGAUCUGACUAAGACAUAACAGACGCAGGGCUUUCCAUGAGAUGGAAGACCAGAAUGAAUACCACAGCUCUAUCGGCCUUUCAAAGAAUAAAAGAAACAGCCUCAACGAAUCAGUACGCACGUAUUCUAGUAGGUAUGCCUUUAAGCAAGUUUUCGAGCUGGGACGAAAGAAAACGGUCAAUGCCAAAGAGAAUGAGACCAAAGGUAGACUGUUGAAGUCCAUCGACGCUAUACGCAUUCUUUCGGCCUACAACGAAGCUUUGCGGCGGGCGGAAAUUGUAACAGCGCUGCCUUUUAUGAUUGAAAACAUCAGCGUUCUAAGGUUUGCCUUUGGGCCGGAGCUCAUCGAGGCCAUCGAGCGCCACUGCAGGAUCCAGUCGGCGUAUAAAGACACCAGGCAUCGAUUGGAACAUCUGAUAAGUUCCAGGGCAAAAGUCGUCGAACGUAUCCAGAUGCUGAAAGCCAGUGCAGAGGAUCACCAACAGGCUUCGAUCUUGAACUUAAACUACCCGAAGCAAAGUUUAUUCGACUACAUCGAUUCGAUAAAUAUGGAAGCCGCGAUGAUGGUGGAUGGGGAGGAGGAAGAAGAAGAAGACGGCGAGGAACCUUCCGCCGAAACGCGAGAUAUGCUGAAUGUUAAGUCGACAGACCAGCCUGGGAUCCUAAAGCUCAUUCCUGAAACCAUGGACGACAAGCCCAGCUAUCAAGCCUCGGAAAGCGAUGCUCAGGACAGCAAUACGGCUGGCGACAACGGGGACAUUGCGCUCUCAGAGUUGUCGGACGUGACGGUCAUCAACGAUGACAGCCAGGAGAGCAGCACUAAGAACAUGGAAAGGAGAUACACGAAGCUGUCGUUCCGCUCCGCGGAGACCCUGACAAAGACUGACAUGAUGGACCUGGAGAUCACGCUCUCCAUUUACGAGCCGCAGAUCGAAGAGCUGAUUAAACAGCUGGCACAGAUUUCUAGAAAAGUUGUGCAUUCGAUUAAAAAUGUACUUCGCCUAUUCACCACCAAUCCAAUGGCGUCCAAGACCCUCGGAAAGUACACCAUUGUACGCAACCCUCGCAGCGUAGAGCUUCUGGAGCUCAUGCGCGAGCUGGGAGGUAUUUUGAAAUCGAGGCUUUUGGUGUCCCCUGAGGAAGAGAAGACCAGGAUGGAGUAUCUGGACAGUGUCUAUAAGCGGGAAGAGAGGACCAAGAAGUAUAUAGCCAUGCUGGAAGACGAGCUACAGACCGCUCGGAGCGAGAUGGACGACGAGUUCCAAGCAAAGCUGGAAACGAUUGAGAACUUGAAGACAGACAUUAUGCAAAUUGAAGCUUUUUCUAAUGAGAACAUACGACGGACGCUGGGAAAUGCCGAGAAGAUUGAGUUCAACUGUAGCAAGAACAGUGAACAGAGAACCAGGAUGGUCCGCGAGGACAUUGCUGCCCUUCAGUCCAAAAUGGAAGAGAUCUCCAAGACCCACAGAGCAGACGAAGCCUCUUUACGUACUGAUAAGUACAAACUUGAAACUGAGCUAGAGACGUUGAUCAAAAAAUAUGACACAGAGAUGGGAAACAAGAUGGAUGAGUUUGAGAAGCUAGAGAUCAUUUACUGUGAAGAGAGGAAAAUUUUGGCCGACACGGAGGACAGGUUUGCUGAGCUGGAGAAAGAGUACAUGGCCCUGAUGGACGAGAGGCUGUUGGCCAGGAGAAAGCAGGAGUGGAACCUGAGGGAGGACAAGAGAUUCCUGACGCAGGUAAUCACCAUCCAGUCCUUCUGGAGGAGCUACGUCGUCAGGAAAGCGAUCCAGAAAGAACUGAAGCGUCUGGCCAAAGAGGAGAAGAAGAGAGAGAAGCUUCUGAAGGCGCUGGAGAAGAAAAAGCAAGCGGCCAAAUCACCCACGGAGCCGUAAAGUGGUGGACAUGGGGGAGUAUUUUAUUUUUGAUUGUUUUAGGUUGAAAGCACACACAAACA